AUGCACCACCGCCCAUUUCUUUCUUCUCUUCCUUCUGAAAUUUCGAACAUUCAAGAGCCAGGAAGAACUGCCUUCUCUCCCUCCAUUUUUCGGCGCUUAUCCCAGCUACCGUCGCCAGCGUGGUUUUGUGUUGCUGUCGUUAGAGAGCUGUACUGGUCGGGAUCUCCCUUCUGUGCAUUCUUCUUCCUCGUCUCGGUUCUGUUUUCUCUGGUUAGUGUUGCCAUCGAUCACUGCUGUGGAGGCUGUGGGUGGUUUGGAACUUCCUCCUUACUCUUUCUCGGUCCGUACAUCACCGUAGGCAACUUGUACCUUCCUCAGAUCCUUCAAGAGAUUGUCACUGGAUUGAAGUUGUGACGCCUUUUUGGUUAAUUUUUAUUUUAUGUCAAAUUUUAAUUUAUACAUUGUAUUUUAUAAAUAAUAUUAUAGGUGCUCCAUAUAGGCUAUAGUUAGAGUCUUUAUUUUGUAGAUAUUUUGUCUGUUGGCUGGUAGAAGUUGUGCUC